AUGCCAGCAUUGAAAAGUCCUCCCAAUGGAAACAACAAAACGGGAUCCCAUACAACUGCAUGUAAAAAAAAACCUGAACAGAGUAGAAGCAGCCGCAUCCCUCCUACUUACUAUUGCUUGCUCUUUCCGAUUCAAAGCUUAAUUCCAACCAUGGCACAGAAACCCCAUGUAGCUAUUUUGCCCAGUCCAGGCAUGGGUCACCUUAUCCCACUUGUUGAGUUGGCCAAGAAACUUGUUUUCAACUACGACCUAUUGGUUACCUUUAUUGUUCCCUCUAUAGGUCCAGCACCAGAUGCCCAGAAGAAAGUUCUUGGCUCCCUUCCCGAAGGCAUGAACUAUAUAUUUCUGCCUCCAGUUAGUUUUGAUGACUUGCCAGGAAUUAGGGCUGAAACCCAGAUAUCUCUCACAGUAACUCGCUCGCUUUCCUCAAUCCGUGAUGUGCUGAAGUCAUUAGUUGCCAGUACUAGACUAGUGGCUUUGGUUCUCGACCUUUUUGGCACGGAUGUCAUUGAUGUUGCCAUGGAAUUUAGUGUGCCAUCUUAUAUUGCUUGCCUGUCUACGGCUAUGACUUUAUCCUUGCAUUUUUAUUUGCCAAAGUUGGAUCAAAUGGUUUCCUGCGAGUAUAAGGAUUUGCCUGAACCUGUACAACUACCAGGCUGGGGAAUUUCAGUACACGGGAGGGAUUUACCUGACCCGAUUCAGGACAGGAAGGAUGAUGCAUACAAAUGGUUCCUUCACCAUUCAAAUCGACAUAGUUUAGCUGAGGGCAUCUUGUUGAAUAGUUUCGUGGAAUUGGAGCCAGGUACUAUAAAGGCUUUGCAAGAUCAAGAACUUGGUAAAUUACCACCUAUCUACCCGGUUGGUCCCAUCAUUCAAGCCGGUACAAUUAGUGGGGCUAAUGGACCGCAGUGCCUCAGAUGGUUGGAUGAUCAACCAAACCGUUCGGUUUUGUACGUUUCUUUUGGGAGUGGUGGAACUCUGUCUUUUGAGCAGCUAAAUGAAUUGGCCAUGGGCUUGGAAAUGAGUGAGCAAAAAUUUUUAUGGGUCGUCAGAAGCCCAGAUAAAUCUACUACUGCCUCCUACUUUAGUGCCGGAAGUAAUGCAAACCCUUUUACUUUCCUGCCAAAUGGCUUCCUGGAUCGAACCGAAGGACAAGGUCUGCUUGUGCCAUCUUGGGCACCGCAAAUUCAAGUGCUUGGUCAUGUCUCGACGGGUGGAUUCCUAACCCAUUGUGGUUGGAAUUCAACACUAGAGAGCCUUGUGCAUGAGGUGCCUUUAAUCGCUUGGCCUCUCUAUGCCGAGCAAAAAACAAAUGCAGUAUUGUUAAACGAGGGCCUUAAGGUGGCAUUGCGACCAGAUGUGGAUGAAAAUGGACUAGUAGGACGAGAGGAGAUUGCCAGAGUUGUGAAGUGUUUAAUGCAAGGGGGAGAAGGGCUGGCAAUGCGCAAUCGAAUGAAAAGGCUGAAGGAAGCUGCGGCCAAGGCAGUGAGUGAUGAUGGCUCCUCCACCAAAUCACUCCAUGAACUAGUGUCCAAGUGGAAAAAUUAG